AUGAGGAAGUUGUGUCCUAAUUUUGACAAGGAAGAUGGGUUGGAGACCGUCCUUGAAGUGCCUAUUCCUGAGGAGAUGUUGAACGGCAUGGGCACCAAUGGGUUCAAUCGUUGGCAGAACCUACGAACUCUAAUGAAUGCUCAAUUUCUUGAUAAGUCUUCGACACCCUUAAACAAUGAAUUCAUUGUGUUGCUCAAGCUUGUUGGUGCUCCCCUUAUUCCUCUUCAGGUCCCAUCAGACCAUACUUUUACUCGCCCCCUCAAAGAUUGUUCCAUCAAAGAUUCGACUGCUAAGUACAUAGUUCAGCAGUACGUGGCGGCCACUGGAGGACUAGCUGCAUUGAAUUCAUUAGGAAGUAUGUAUGCAAUGGGACAAGUAAGAAUAUAUGGGUGGGAGGUGCGUCAAGGUGAUGAUAGCUUUCAAUCAAGAGGCAGAGCUGAAGCAGGAGGCUUUGUGCUAUGGCAAAAGAACCCAGAUCUAUGGUGCUUGGAAUUGGUGGUUUCCGGUUACAAGGUUAGUGCAGGCAGUAACGGCAAGGUAGCUUGGAACCAGUCUUCUUCUCAACCUUUUCAUGCAAACAAAGGCCCUCCUAGACCCCUUCGCCGCUUCUUCCAGGGGCUGGACCCAAGGUGUACAGCAAACUUGUUCCAAGAUGCUGAAUGUGUAGGAGAGAACACCAUUAACGACGAAGUUUGUUUCAUGCUCAAGUUACAAACGGAACAACAGAUUCUGCAAGCACAAAGCACGUCCAAUACUGAAAUAAUAAUGCAUACAAUAUUGGGGUACUUUAGCCAACGAACGGGGCUACUAAUAAAAUUCGAGGACACAAAGUUAGUAAGAAUGAAGCCGGCUAAAGGAAAAGAGUCAGUGUUUUGGGAAACAAGCAUCGAGACUACGAUUGAUGAUUAUAGAUACAUAGAUGGCAUUAACAUAGCGCACGGUGGGACAACGGUUGCGACGCUUAAUAGGUACAGUGCCUCGCAUAAUCACAAGCGUAUGAUUGAGGAAACAUGGACGAUUGAAGAGGUUGAUUUUAACAUUUUUGGGUUAUCCAUGGAUUGCUUUCUGCCUCCCUCUGAUAUUGAGAAAGAACACGAAAAUGGGGAGCAAAAGCAGUGGGAAUGA